UUAUUUAUUUAAAAAAAAAAAUCAGAAUCAAAAUUAAAAAAUGUAGUAGGGACGUGAAUUUCCCGCCAAAGUUGAGAAAACCUAAAAGGGGUGUAAGAAGCCACAUUUUCCAACUCCAAACAACCCGCGCAGGCUCAACUCCAAACAACCCGCGCAGGCUCAACUCCAAACCAUCAAUGGCAGAAGAACUCCCCGAAGAAAAUGGCGUAGAACGGACCUGCCGCCUCCAAAUCCCCACGGGUCGGAUCAAGAAGAUCAUGAAGAUGGACGACGAGGUUAAGAAGGUGAAUUCGGAGGCACUGUUUCUCAUCUCCCGAUCCACCGAGCUCUUUCUCGAAUUCCUCGCCGAGAAAUCGGUGGAAGUCGCAGUAGAGAAGAAGAGGAAGACUGUGAAGCUGGAGCACUUACGGGUCGCCGUCAAGAGGCACCGCCCCACCAGCGAUUUCCUCCUAGACUCUCUCCCGAUGCCUUCCCAGCCGUCCCAUCAACCGUCCAAAGCAAGCCGCAGUCGCUCCGACGAGAAGCCAGUUCCCCACGGGACACGAAAAAUCGACGCCUUCUUUAAGAAAUGCACUUAGGAUUAUGAGUUAGUUUCCGAACCUUUGUUUAGGAAUAUGUAAUUUCUAGAAGAAAUCAAGACAAAAAUUUCAACUAAUGUUUUUGUGAGAACUUUAUUUGUUUAUAGUAUAAUUAUAAUCUUUAUAUCCUUGAUCUAGAUGGAUUA